AUGCUGGGGGCUGAUGCUGCGAAUGCGACCUCGAAUGUGUAUGUAAUUGCAAUGGAGCUGCAGAAGAAGGACAUGGAGCUGCAGAAGAAGGACAUGGAGAAGGACAUGGAGCUGCAGAAGAAGGACAUGGAGCUGCAGAAGAAGGACAUGGAGCUGCAGAAGAAGGACAUGGAGCAGCAGCAGAAGGACAUGGAGCUGCAGAAGAAGGACAUGGAGCAGCAGCAGAAGGACAUGAAGAAGGACAUGGAGCAGCAGCAGAAGGACAUGAAGAAGGACAUGGAGCAGCAGCAGAAGGACAUGAAGAAGGACAUGGAGCACCUUGUUAAUUUCUACAAGCGUCAGCUGUCUACCCUCACUCAAAGGUAUGUCCUUGAGGCGCUGUUCAGGAAAGUGGUGCAAAUUGUUCGAUAUAGCAAGGAUGGUGCGAUUCCAUCUAUGUUGUCGAAGUCGGACCUCAACGCGAUGCAGAACGGAAAGAUUUCUAUGACUGACGUAAAUCGGCUCUUGACGGAUAAUGAGCACGCAGAGUUUCGACGGAAAGUGUGGGAAAGGAUCGGGUUACCGCAGGACCUUGUGAUACCCACGUUUGAUCCAAAAAUGAUGCUUUAUGGGCAGCUUUCUGAAAUGAUACACGGGUCACCGGGAAAUUAUGUGUUUCUACCUUCAGAUGCAGACGAAUUGCACAUCAGAUUUUUCAGUGAGGUUGCAAAGUUUUUCGAGAAGAAUAUAGACUAUUUCGACAUCGUGUCGGCAAAUGCGGGAGAGACCCUGGAAGCUGAUUUUUUCCGAAAAAUCAAAACGAAUUCGACCGGAAAGCCAAGGCCGUGA